AUGUCCGUAGCUGCCCCCUCAUCGUGGGGGCCCCUGUCUUACGCAGCACACUGCUAUGCCUUAACGCCCCUUGUCUGUUACAUUUCCUAUCUUUCAGAUGUGGCUGCCGCUGCCUCACCCAAGUUGCAAGGCAUCAAGAGCACACUAGUUGAAGGGGUUACCUCCCUACGAUCGAACGAGGUCGAAGGUGAUACUCAGGUCAACGCGGAAGAUCUCAUCUUACUUUUACCUUCGGAGGUCGUUAACAUCGUGUCUGUCCCUUCGGCAGCCGCACACGAGUGGCGUCUCCGAUAUGGCCAGGCCUUUGAUACUCUCAGUGAUCUACGUCGCAAUCUCUUGGUCCUCAGCUCCAUGUAUCAGUCUAAAGACAGGUACUCGCGUGGUCAGCAACAUAAUACUCGGAGCGUGAUGCUGGUCAAGAAUGUGCAGGCACGGGUAAAUGCAGCCGUUCACAAAUAUCGGGCGUGCAGAUCGGCGCUUCUUGCUCUGGGGAGAGUCCUCGGACAAUCAGACUGGGAGCUGAUACUGCAACCACUGGCUGAUUCUGAUGUUCGCGGUCUGAGGGAUGGCCAAGAUGCAGCUUCCUCCGAGGGCCGGCGGACACUAUCAUGGAUAUGGGCAGCGGAACGCACAAACGAUGCCGAGCUGAAUGAAGGAAUGAAUGAAGCACUCCGAAUCGAAUGGUGUAAGACCCGGGCACGUGCUCAACGUUGGCAAGAGGAAUGUGUUCUCUUAGGUGAGGAGAUGCGCCGUGUACUUGAGUUCCACCGCUGGCAGGCGAAGGAAUGGGAGACACGGGCGCUUGGAGCCACAACAGAAGGUGCUCGCGCAUAUGCCUGGCGCCAGGAGCACACGCGCCAGACCUUGAUCUCUAUGUGUAAAUCAACAUGGAAGGAUCUCUCGUCGUUGAUUGAGGUGGGAGAGGGCGCUGUUGCGGCAGGCCAGCCGCUCGUAGAAAAUGGAAAUCUACUACACGUUUACAUCACGCCAUGCGACCGGGAGGGAAGGCCACGCGAGACCACGAUCGCAUCCCAUACCGAAGGGAGGGCCACGCAACCAGAUCAUACCCCCAUAGGGCAUGGGGCGGAGAUGCGCGGUAAAGGUAAAGUUUGCCACGUCACCGUCAUCGUUUGCAACGACGAGCGAGGGAGCUCUCUCAACGGUGGGAAUAAGAAGGGCACAAAUAGAGGGGGAGCUGAAUUAUGUGUCGCGUGGCGCAUCUUCCAGCUCUGCCACAAGUGGUGGCUCCUCCUCCUCACGUGCUCGCCCGGUAUCGCUGACGCGAGUUCCCGCUCGCUCGGGACCAUCGUGACCCCCAUAUGGAUGGGAUUCAGCAUGUUCUGUGAUCUCACCAUCACCCUCUCCAUGAUCACCCUCUUAUACAACGCACUGAAGGAGGCCAUCUUCCGCAGGACGCGCCGCACGCUCGCGCACAUCCUCGCGUUCACGCUCGAGACCGGGCUGCUCACCACGCUCCUCAUCGCGGUCCAGAUGGCGCUCAUGCUCGAGCCGCUCGCUGCCCACGCGGACGGCGGCUCAGAGCGCCGCUGGCGGUGCAUCUUCUUCUACCCAACGGGCGCAGUGUACGCGUCCUGGGUUCUCGCGUCGCUCAAUGCCCGGUCGGCAUUCGCGCGCGACACGUUCAUCGUGAGCUCCGUCUCGGGCCUUCCGACCACCUGCCCAGGCGACGCGCACGCUGAGUCCCGUACGACACAGCAGACCAAAUUGGCUGCAAAGGAUGCCGUGGUGGAGAAACCAAGAGCUGCGGCGCCUGGUGAAAAGCGGGGCUAA